AUGGAAUCCCAGCAGUUACAAAGAGAAUUUCCUGCCUCUGAGGUUGCAAACGAAUUUGUGAACCAGUAUUACUGUGUUCUAAACAACUGUCCAGAUAAGCUAUACGAGUUCUACAAAGAUUGCAGCACUAUCACCCGCCCUGAACCCAAAGGUCAAUUGUUGCAUGUAACAACCCUAGAAGCUAUUAAAAACAAUAUAGUGUCUUCGCUCAAUGAGGGAAAUGCGGUUAAAAUAGGAACUGUGGAUUCACAAGAAGCUGAUAAUGAAUCUUAUAUCAUAUUGGUAACUGGGAUCAUAUUAGGGCACGAGAAUGUCGAAAGAAAAUUUGCCCAGUCUUUCUUUUUAGCACCACAGGAGAGAGGCUAUUUUGUUCUAAACGAUGCAUUUCGGUAUUUGGAAGAAUCCCAGUAUUCAGAAGACAAAACUUAUAUGUCGGCUAAUGCUGUUUGUGAUGAGCCUUUGCAGGAAGAGAUAGUUCCUGCAAAAGAAAUUCAAAGAUUUGAAUCACAACCUUCGAAAUUGGAAAAUAAACAUGCUACUGAAACUGUUGAGAAUGAACAACAGCUUAACGAUAUUGAGAAAACUAUUUCACCACCAGAAGAAACAACAAAAAUGAGUUUUCUAGCAGUUCUUUUGAAAGAGAACCCACAUCCUAUUCAAAGGCCAACCGUUGUGGUGAAAUUUCCAAUAAAUACCGGACUGAAAGCAAAUGUACCAUCACAAGUACAUACAACAUCACAAUCCUUGAACUCUAAUUCUGGAAAAGCCCCAGAGUUUAAAAAAUAUGGUUCUAUAAAGCCUGGUGGAAUUCAAAUCAGAGCCAACAAGGAAAAAAACUUUUGCUAUGGUUUCAUUGAGUUCCAAUCAUCAACUUCUGUGGAGAGUGCUGUAAAGGCAUCUCCUAUUGUCAUCUCUGGGCGUCGCGUAUAUGUUGAAAAGAAAAGGUUGGCUGGUUUCAGAGACAAUAUUCCAAAUGGCGUAAAGAGAGGAGGCGAUCGUCAAGGACGCAAUGGCUAUGCAAGAAAUUUCUAA